AUGGGAAAGAGAGCUUCUGACGGCAUUGGCUUGGCAUACUGUAAACUAUUGGCUAAGCAAGGAUUUAAUAUCCUUAUGAUCUCACGGUCUGAUGAAAAACUUAAGACUGUCUAAAAGGAAGUGUAAGCCUAAAACCAGGAUGUCAUUGUCAGCUAUGAGGUUCAGGAUCUUGGAAAACUUAGUACUUAUAAAGAAUACGUGGAUAGAUUUUAGAAAGUUUUUUAGAGCAUAGAUGUUGGUAUUCUAAUUAAUAAUGCAGGAAUCGGUUUCACAGGAUCAUACCUGCAAAUGACUUACGAAGAAGCUGAAGCAGUAUUUGCACUAAAUAAUUUCCAUGCAACUUACCUAUGCAAGAUGCUAAUGAGCACAUAAACCUCAAGGAAUGAAAGGACAGGGAUUAUCGCUGUUGCCAGUUUGAUGGCAUACUAUCAUUUUCCUUGGCAUAUUUAUUAUUCCUGCACUAAAAGAUUUAUCGAAUAUCUUUAUCAAGGUGUCAAUUUUGAAGCAUAAGCUGAUAUUAGAACUAAGGGUAAAUUUGAUGUUUAAUGCUAUUUGCCUGGAUUUGUAGCCACCAAACUUAGCAGAAAAGAAGUUGGGUUUACUAUUCCAGACACAAUUACAGCUGCUGAAGGUGCAUUAAAAGAUUUGGGUAGGAGGGAAAUUUCCUAUGGAGUUAUUGAUCAUCACAUUUUAGGUUGGCUUAUUAAAUUCUUAGUAAAAACUAUCCCAGAAUCCAUAAUAGGCUUUAUCUUGAUGAAAGAAGGAGAGGCUACUCACAAAAAAUUGAGAUCGAAGGGUUAUUCUUUUAUUUGA